UUUAAUUUAGGUUUCACAGUAUUUUGGAAUUCCAUGGACUGGUUCUUUGGAAUUAACAGCAAAUAUGGAAGAACAUCGUACUAUAGUUAUGGAACCAGAAUCUGAUACUGAAGGUGGAAACAAACAACUUAGUCUUAGUGUUCAUCUUCAAGAUGAAUAUAGUCUGGACGUUUAUUUAUUUGCACCAUACUGGAUUGUGAAUAAAACAAAUCUGCCUCUUCAGUUUAGAGGUUCAUCAUCUGAUGUGCUUUAUGAAACAUAUGCUACUAGUGAAGAACCACUUUUAUUUCGUUUUAAAAAACACAAAAAGAAAAAAGUAAGUACAUUAUAAUAUUGUUUGGUCAUAUUUUCUUUCUUUUUUAUUUAUCUUUAGAA